AGAUCGAGUAAUUCACCAUAAAGAUGGAUUCACAAACUGAACCGAACCUAAUAUGUGAUGGAAUCAAGGCCCCUUCUCUUAAACCACCCGAAUCUAUUAUCGUUACCUACUACACGAGUCCUGUGGACUUUUUCUACAUAAGCUGCCAGAAAUUGAAAGAAUCAGCCCAUUUGUUAAAGAAUCUGGAAAAGGAAUUGGUGCAGUACUGCACACCUCCAAGGAUGAAAGAGAAGUACGCACCUGGUCAGGAUGUCAUUGUCCGCUACUUGGCUUGGAGUGAGCCACGCAUGAUUAGAGGCCACAUAAUUAGACAAGAGAAUGAGGAGUACCUUGUUGGGGUAAUUGAUUAUAGCUUCACAAUUUGUUGCGUUAAAGCCGAUAUGUGGCCACUGCCUGAUGGGAUGUCGAAGCCAAUUCUUGAGUUGACCAGGGGUGGAGUGGCUUCGAUCGUGCCCUACAAUGGAAAAGAGUGGUUUAAAUUCAAUCGUCAACUCUUUGGCAAACUUCUGGAGAAUGCGAUCGACCUUAUAUUUGAGGAAAUGUACGUGACAAGCAAAACCAAUUAUGGAAAGCUCACAAUCAGAUCCUCCACUAAUGAGGCUGCAUUCGACGGGGCUUCCUUCUUGCUUGACCGAAAAUGGGCCAGCUCCCCGACAAAGAUUAUUCCAAUGGACUGGUGUGAGAGCGUUUUUGGAUUUGAUAUGGCGGAGAUGAACCACCAGCUGAUCAAACCGAGCAAAAGUGUGGCAAAAACAUUCGAAUUAGUUGAUAAUUGUGCACUCACAAUGGUCCAACCCACGUCCCAUCUGAGUAAAAUAGUCCCAGAUCACUUAGUUAAAAACGGGAACUUACGCUCUAAUGAUGACAACGCUCUUUCCAAGCCUAAGAUUUGGUCUAGGCAUCAAAAAUACCAGCAAACAUCGACAAGCUCGGAGCAAGUAGAACAGAUGCUUCGAUUUCAAAAUAAGUUAGUGGUUCCUGACACUGCAAAACGAUUCUGCAAGGUCAAUACCCAAGGAAAUACUGCAGCUGUUGGCUCUUGCUUAGACGCUUUGAAGCCUAAAAAAUUAGAUGACCCAAAAUCGGAACAGGAAAUUGAUGCUCUUUUCAAUUUUCCUUUCAAUCUUCUUGAUGUACCCACGUCGGUGCUUUUAGCCCAACGAUCCACGUCUGUGGAUAAAACCAGGCACCCACUUUCGACGUCUGUGGAUAAAGCUAAGCCCCCACUUUCCACGUCCGUGGAUCAAGCAAAGCCUCCACUUUCCACGUCAAUGGAUCAAGCUAAGCCCCCACUAUCCACGUCCAUGGAUCAACCCAGGUCUAUUAAACCUUCUUCAGUCUCCUCCCGGCUUAUUUAUUCGGCGGCUACCUCCAAGAGCGGAACGGAUGUUCAAGCCAUACACCCACUAUCCACGUCCAUGGAUCAAGCCAUACCCCCACUAUUCACGUCCAUGGAUCAACCCAGGUCUAUUAAACCUUCUUCAGUCUCCUCCCGGCUUAUUUAUUCGGCGGCUACCUCCGAAAGUGGAACGGAGGUUAUGUCCACAACCAGUGGAGGCACUGGAGUUGGUGAAAUAUUUUCCCAAAAUUCCCACCAUUCCAAUGAGUUAACAGCAUUAAAAUAUUAUGUAUUAGCCCAUAGCUUGGAACCAGCCACACCCAUAAACGACCUGAAUAAUAUUCCAAUUUGGCACGCAGUCAAAAACGAGAUGUAUAAUCAUUCCAUCUAUUCUCCAAGUCCGUUGCAACAGUACGCUUGGCCACAUCUGUGCAACGGAGGCUCCAUGAUUCUGAUAAACAGCAAUGCCACCUGUCGUACGUGGAGUUACCUUCCCAUUAUUUGCUCAACAGUGCAGCAAUCUUGUUUUUCCGCACCAACGUCACCGGCAGCAUCUGGUCCUUUGGCCAUUCUGGUGACGGAUUCUCAGCACCACGCCAACACUCUGUUUAGGCAAGUUUCCAAUUUGAUGCAGAACCAAGACAAAAAUCAGACAAAAAUUGUCAAUGGACACGAUCAUUCGGAGCGAGAUUUAAGCAUUUUGCUGCUUAAUUCGUUUAGCAUUCUGGUGACGACGUUAUCACAGCUCCAUACCAUAAUAAUGGAUAAACCAGGGGUCAUUGACAAGAACAGAUUGCUUUCCUUAGUCCUAGACGACUUUCAGACCAUGCAAGAGAACUGCCCGGAAAUAAUGGACGACGUGAUGCACAGACUAAACGAUUUAAGAAAUCCCAAAACGCAGAUUGUCAUAAUAGCCCAGAAAUGGCAGUCAAAACCGUUCGGAAAGCUGCUGAAAAGCAUGCCAAAUCCUCUCAUUCUAUUCGGAAAUUUUUUGGAGGCGGCGAUGUACGGCCAACUCGUAUUAAGAUUAAGCGUUCAAGGUGACGAUGUCCAGUUCGACAACUUGCUAUCAAUCCUGGAGCCAAAAAACUCUGUGACUAAGCGCACGUUGAUCUUCUUUAAAACUGAUCAAGAACUAAGACGCAUUCAAAAUAUGCUCCUCGAUAUCGGAUACAAGUGCAUCGGUAUUUUGAAGGCUGAGGAACAGCAACCAAACCAACUGCUGUUAGUCAGCGACCAACAAGGUGUAGUCCAACUUCCUAACCGGAACAUUGAGAUGCUAAUACACUAUAGUUUUCCAACGUCCUGGUCCAAGUUUGCACAUCGGUUCCAUGCCCAUUCAGACAUUAUUCCCAACUUGGUGGCCGCCCCACUCACGGGCAAUGAGAAAAGAAUAACGAGUGUUGUGCUGCUCAACGAGGAUACCCAGGCGGAGUAUCUGCGACUGGUGGAUUUCCUUCAUUUUCACGACAUUCCGCUGAGCGAGAAAUUAGCUCAGAUGGCACGGGCUUGUCAGGAGAAGGAUCUUGGAAGUCGUCAAAUUUGCCCAAACUUCCUUAAUGAAGGAAGUUGCCACAACUUCAACUGUUACAAACGGCACGAAUAUAUUCCUGAAGAUAUGCCAGAUCCCGAAAAUCCUCUCAUGAAAUCAGGAACAGUAAUCAGGGCCAGGCUAAACAAGAUCUACGAGCCAGACCAUAUGUCCAUGUGGCCCUUGGAGUACAGGGUUCAAGGACAGGACUGUUGGAUAGAUGUCGGGCAUCACAUCAGUUAUUGGACGUUUUCGUUACAAAUGAGCAUGGGAGAGCGUAAGGUUCUCAACCCAUACCGUCUGCACGACGUUUGCGUGGUGAUCCGUCAUGGCCAAGUCCAGCGGGUACGCAUUGUGGACAUUCCCCCAAGGCGUCCUGUUGUGGUCCAACAAAUGGAUCACGGUUCAGAACUGCUGUAUGUAAAGCCAAAUGAGUUACUCCAGUGUCCGGACGAAAAGUUCACUAAUCAGCCGGCAAUGGCCCUCAAUAUUCGCCUAUCGGGAGUGGAAGGAGCUUGUCGAAGAGGCCAGAAGUGGUCAGAUAACUCUAAACUAUGGACUCAUGAAAUGUUGAGUAACAUCGGUAAUAACACGCAUUUGCAAGUCAUCGUCGACUUUUCUAUCCAAAAUGUAAUCCAUGUGAAGGAAAUCGCUUUGGUCGAAGAGUGCCCAUCCAUGCGCACAAGUAUCUACAAACUUUUGCUUUCAAAGGAACUCGUUUCCAGAAGAUUUGCUAAAUUAAGAAACAAAGAUGGAAAUACACAAUCAAAGGCUGUUGAUAAGCCAAAAACACAGGAAGAAGCUGAGCUUGAAACUAAUAAGACAUCGCAAAAAUCUGAGGUACCGACUUCAAAUUCGAGCUCGGAAGAUGCUGUUCCACCUCCAGUUAAAUACUUCUCCCCGAUAACUGAUUUAAAAAAUUAUGUUUCUGAAAAGAAACACAGUUUAUUAUCCCAGUUUUUAAAAAAAAUCCAAUCAAUUACAGCUGAAAACCAAACCAAAGAUCACCCAAAAGAAGAGGUAAUUCGGAAAAGCGAUGCAGCCCAAAUUUGUGGUCCAAAGUCCUUAAAUAAGGAGUCAUCUGAAAACCUAUCUACAGGUUCUAAAGUAGUUCAAUUUGUAUCCGAUCAUGAAAGUGACGAUGAGCUCUAUGAAGACCCCUCACCAGGAUCACCAAAGAUCAAAGAUCAAAAAGAGUUCAUUCAGGAAAGCGAUGCUAAGACCCACUUUCCAGCUCCGGAAGAUAUUCAAUGUAUAACUAAGGAGUCAUCUGAAAACCCAUCUAAAGAUUAUGAAGCAGUUCAAUUUGUAUCCAUUAAUGAUACUGACGAUGAACUCUACGAAGACCCCUUAACAACUGUGGAAAAAGACGAGAAAGAACAAGACCAAUUAGAAGACAUUCCUAAUGAAAGUUAUAAUGCAUUUUUAAAGGCUCUCACGUACGAGGUGGAGACUAUGAGUCCUUCAAAAAAGCAAGUGACUAAAGACUUCCUAUCCGGUUUACUCGAUGAAGAAGAAACCGAGGAGCCCCCAAAGGCCAAACCGGUAAAAUCAUUAAAAUACCAUAAGGUACCGAAUAAGGAUUCGAAUCAGGAGCCUUCGCCUGAGGAUGUGGCGGCAUCUUUGCAGUGCGGUGUAAUCGCCAACGGGUCAGUCAAUCCCAAGGUGAAGUGGCACCAGGACCUUUCCCAUAUCGACUUGGUCAUCGAGCAAAAAGUGCCGGAAUACAAACUAAUUUUGAAAAACAAUUCAUUGAUCUAUAUGGUGUCAACGACAUCGCCACCCCAAUGCUGCAUCCUGAAUCUACUGGGCGAGGUGGCUAUAGAAUCGGAGAAACAGAUUGGCUAUAAUCUGCACAUCAAGCUGGCCAAGGUGGGUCUGAUAAGGCUCUGGCCCUCUCUGCUCAGUUCGUUCUAUGCCCAGCAGAUUGCUCACUGGCUGACCUACAAUACGGAGCUCGACCAGGAGCCAGAGCUAUCCGAAGCCAUCGUAAUGUGGGAUUCCUUUCAGCGCAGGCGUGUGGAUAGAGAAGAGGAGUCCUCAACCGAGGACUAUCCUUCCAACGAUGAAUCAGAUUCUGCAAUUGGCGAAGAUCUAUAG